CAAAACACACUGAUGGUCUUACCUGAAGUCUCAUCCCUCAUUCAUCAUAGAGAGAACUAGAAAAUAUUUCCCUCACAACUCCUUCACAUAGAGAAAAAGAGAGAGAAGAGAAACAUAGAUACAAAGAGGGUAUGGGUAACUACAGGUUCAGAUUAUCAGAUAUGAUCCCCAAUGCCUGGUUUUACAAACUCAAGGACAUGGGAAAAACAAGAAAGCAAACCCCAACAACUCAUUCCAGGAAGAAAAAGCAACCUUCACCAGCCUCAACCCAAAAAGCAUCAAAACCAAAGCAACCACACCAAUACAAUCUCAGAAAGUCUUACUAUUUCACAAGGGAGCUUACCCCAAAUGAUAGAAUCUACUCCUCACCAACACCAACAAAUAACCAAAAUGCCAAAUACACCAAUUCCCUUGAACCCCCCAGAAAAUCAUCCAAACAAAGACUCAAGAAAAGAACUUCAAGGACUUCUUCUCCUAAGCUUGUUGUUGUCUCUAACAAUAACAACUCCUCAUCACCAAAUGAUAGCUCCACUGAAUCAGAGUACCCUGACCCAGAAUUCAGAACAGACCGUGUUCUUCCAACUGAAUCAUUCGAUGAAACGGUUCCUUGGGCCAACUCUUGUGCCUGCAGGGUACACUCCAACGCCAAGGACAUCAUCAUUGAUGUUGACAACAAUUCCAUAGCCAGAAAAGAUGGUAAGCUAGAAGGGUAUGAGUAUGAAUGUGAUUCCUUCUCAGACCUUGUGCUUCCACCAAUUGUGACCAAGCCUGCAAUAUUCAAUGACUUGCUCAGUGAUGUCAAGAAGAAAGAAACCAAACCAAGAAGCAAAAUGGCUGCACAUGAAGAGCCAAACCUGAAUAAGGGGCCUCUGAGAGUUAAAAUUGUGAAGGAAGACACUUCAUCAAUGAAGGAACAUAAGAACACCUACGGAAGGAGAUUCUCUGUGAGCUCUCCGGGAGUGAGGCUUAGAAUGAACUCGCCGCGAAUUGCGAGCCGGAGAAUUCAGGCACAUGGCCGGAGAAGCGUGUCCUCGGCCCCCCGGAGAAGCCUCUCGGAUAGCUUUGCAGUUGUGAAGUCAUCACUGAAUCCACAGAGGGAUUUCAGAGAAUCAAUGGUGGAGAUGAUUGUGCAGAACAACAUAAGGACAUCAAAGGAUUUGGAGGAUCUUCUUGCUUGCUACCUUUCUUUGAAUUCAGAUGAGUAUCACGAUCUCAUUAUCAAAGUGUUCAAGCAAAUAUGGUUUGAUUUAACUGAUAAUAACUAGUAGAACAAGUUAAGUAACCAAUUGAGAUUUGAGACCAUUCUAAAUGAGUUUCUCUAGUUUCUGUUUCUCAACACAAUUUAUGUUCACACGUAAGUAAUAUUAAUAUCUUGGUUUUAGUUUGAUACAUAGACCUUAGUGUUAAGCCAAUAUUUGAGCAUGACAGUGUCCAAGAUGUUUCCAUUUUUUUUUUUCAAAUGGAUAAACGAAAUUGAAUGAAGCAACCAAGAGCAGCAAUUGCACACAUCAUCUCAGAGGUUUUGUGGUGGAAUUGGACCACAAUAGAAUGAAAUUUACUCUGUUAAGGCCUUGGUCCAUAGGAAAAUAAAAUGGGUUUGAGGAAUUUUUGUUAAUUAGGGAAUAGCUCAAUUAAUUUUUUUAUGAGCUGCAGAGUUCAGAUUACGCAUGACUCUACAAUAGUGUCAUUUGGCAUGCAAACGUGUAAAAUGGUUUUUAAACACAAGCUUUAUUUGGAAUUUUGGACCAUUUUUCUGUGUAUUUAGAAAGGCAGAAAAGUUUGCCACAAACGGGGCAUUGUAUUGUUAGCUAUCUGUCAUCUUCCUCAAGAAGAAAAAAAAAAAACUUGGAGCAUAAAAUUUGCUUCUGAAUUUUAGUACCUUCAUGGACCCAGAGUUGUUUGGGAACAAGACAUAACUGGCACAAAGUUGUAUAAAUUGUUCAUAUUGUAAGAGACAGAACCAGGUGCAAAAACUGACAGCUUCUUCCAUUAAA